ACCGUUGUUCCCAGAAAACUUCCUGUGCGAAUGUAAACCAACAGCUAAAGAACGUCUAAAAAAGAGCUACCUGCUAGAAUUAGGCUAGUAAUAUGAGGACAUUAAGGGCCAUGUAGAGAGUAAAAAGCUUUGGACAAUCAUGUUCGCUGGUGGGGUGUUCCCGAUUGACAGAAAUUAAAAGUGUAUAGAUUUUCCCAAAGGAUCAGCACAACGAGAUGCAUGGAUACUUGCUGUAAAACGAGGUGGUUGGACGCCAGCGUCAAAAAUACAAAUGGGUAUUUAGCGCAAACUUCAUUAUUGGCACUGAGUUUGACAUGAUGUCAAGGAAGGUUAUUGCAGCGAGCAGCUCGGCCGUAGCCAAUCAAAACGCGCAAGUGGUCCAGGCCUUCCCCUGUACCCAUGACAACGAGGAUCCUAAAGCCAACAUCCUUUUAAGGACAUAGUUCUUACAUCAAGGCACCAUACCAUGACUGACCUUUGGCAGAAUGCCAUGGACCAUGCUGUGGCUCUGGCCAGGAAAGCAGGCUCGCUUGUAAGGGAUGCAGUACAGAAUGACAUGAAGGUUAUGUUGAAGAGUUCUUCUGUGGACCUGGUGACUAAAACUGACCAAAAGGUGGAGCAACUCAUUAUAGACUCUGUGAAGGAGAAAUUCCCCACGCACAGUUUCAUAGGCGAGGAGUCGGUGGCUGCUGGAGAGCCCUGUGUUCUAACUGACAACCCAACCUGGAUUGUCGACCCGGUAGACGGAACCACUAACUUUGUCCACGGAUAUCCAUUUGUUGCCGUGUCUAUUGGCUUUGCAGUCGACAGAAAGCUGGAGUUUGGAGUGGUGUACAGCUGCAUAGAAGACAAGAUGUACACAGCCAGGAAAGGGAAGGGGGCCUUCUGCAAUGGACAGAUCCUUAAUGUGUCAGACCAGAAAGAAAUCAGCCAGUCUAUCAUUGCUACUGAGUUUGGUUCCAACAGAGACACAGAGGUGGUUGACAAAAUCUUCUCCAGCAUGAGGAAGAUCCUGUGUUUACCCAUCCACGGGAUUCGAGGUGUGGGCACAGCGGCCACAAACAUGUGUCUGGUGGCGUCGGGCUGCGUGGAGGCCUACUACGAGAUAGGGAUUCACUGCUGGGACAUCGCUGCCGGGGCCAUCAUAGUCACAGAGGCAGGGGGCGUCCUCAUGGAUGUAGAUGGUGGACCAUUGGAUCUCAUGUCCAGAAGGGUUGUUGCUGCAAAUAACAAGAUAAUCGCUGAGAGGAUUGUCAAAGAGAUUGACGCGUUUACCCCUCUGCGAGAUGAUGCGUCUACAGAGACAGAAGACUGAACAAAGAAAAAUUGCUAUGUUUUAAGUCAUAUUCUUAGGGAUAAAAAAAUUGUGUUUUGUAAGCUUGUUUUAUUUUUUUUUCCCAAAAGAUAUCACUGUUCUUGAACAAUUCUGGUCAUUUAAAACCAAACUUUUUUGUCCUAGCAUUUUGUGUUUUAUACGUUUUUAAUUAGUUUUGAAAUAUUAUAAUUGUUUUAUGUCAACUGACCAAGGAAGAUCAUUUAUGUUUUAAGACAUAGAUCAGUACUGUAUAUGUGUCUCCAGUCAUGUAUGUAAAAAAAUAAAUAUUUUAUUUUAUUGAGUUUA